AUGGUGACAGACAGAGAAGCAGACUAUAAUAAAUACGACAAGAUGGGAGAGUCACCUGUAAUGAAGACGUGUGAACGAGGACUUACAGAAGUAGUACAAAUGUUGUUAGACAGAGGAGAAGACUAUUAUAAAUGCGACAAGAGCGAUAAGUCACCUGUAAUGAAGGCGUGUGAAAAUGGCCAUACAGAACUAGUAAAGAUAUUGUUAGAUAGAGGAGCAGACUUAAAUAAAUGCGAUGAGAUGGGUGAGUCACCUGUAAUGAAAACUUGUGAACAAGGUUAUACACAAAUCAUAAAGAUGCUGUUAGUCAAGGGAGCAGAAUAUAAUAAACGUAACAAGAAAGGACAAUCACCAGUAAUAAAGGCUUGUCAACAUGGUCAUACAGAAAUAGUUAAGAUAUUAAUUGACAGAGGAGCAGACUAUAAUAAAUGUGACUUAGUUGUCAAGCAUCGUGAAAAUAAACGGACGCUGAAAGGAUCACACAGACCUAACUAUUCAAUAGAUACACCAAAGUGA